CAGCAACCAGCACUUCUUCGUACGAGUUUAUUAUAUAAAUCAAUCUCCUGCGUAAUAAAUUGGGUUGGGUAACCCGUUGCUUUUACAUCUUCACAACUCAUAUCAAACCGCGGUUUCGAGAAAAUAGGGAAAUUUCCCAACGGAGCCUCUUAAAACAAGCCGUGUUUUUUUGUGUAUCCGAAGAAGAAGAGGAAGAAAAGAUCCGUCUUUGCCUCUGUUCUUGAGAGAAAUGCUGUUCAAGAUCUGAAAUUUAGCAGCGCUGGGCUUUUCUGUUUGCGGAAGAAAGAAUGGGGAGCAAAUGGAGGAAGGCGAAGAUGGCUCUGGGAUUCAAUAUGUGUCUCUACGUCCCCAAAACGAAAGAUGAAGAGGAAGAAGCGCCGCCGGGAACGGUUCCGUCGGCUGCCGGCAGAGCUUCUGAUGCUAUUUCCCUCUCACCGGACCCGACCCAGAGCUUUGAUUCGCGGCUCGUCAUGCCGACUACCCCCACCCCCUCCUCCUCCGGCCUCCGGCUGUCCAAACACAGCUCUAGAUCUUCUAAGAAGAUGUGCACGAUAUGCUUGACAAGUAUGAAACCGGGACAAGGCCACGCCAUUUUCACUGCAGAAUGCUCACACUCCUUCCAUUUCCACUGCAUAACCUCCAAUGUGAAGCAUGGAAACCAGAUCUGUCCAGUUUGCAGAGCAAAAUGGAAGGAGAUCCCCUUCCAGACCUCUCCACCCCAUAAUUCCCCCCUGGAAAGAGCCAGGACCAAUCCUCCUCGUCCAUACUGGCCUCAGUAUAAUGCUUUGCUCACAUCUCUGAGACGCUCUUCUUCGCAACUUGGUUCGUCAAAUGCACAUAACUCGGCAGAACCAGCAGCUGUCUUUGAUGAUGAUGAACUUGUUGACCCUGAACCGUUAUUUUGUGCUGAUAGGGCUAAUGCUUCUCAUUCUGUGGGUGUGGUAGAAGUCAAGACAUAUCCAGAGAUAUCUGCCAUUUCAAAAUCGUCAGCUUACAAAGAUUUUGCCGUUCUGAUUCAUCUCAAAGCCCCACGGUCAGACGGGUACCUGAAUUCCAGGGGCGAGUAUAUGGGGACUCAAAAUUCCCGGGCCCCGGUUGAUCUUGUUACUGUUCUAGACGUUAGCGGCAGCAUGGCAGGUACGAAGCUGGCUUUACUAAAACGGGCAAUGGGUUUUGUCAUCCAACAUCUCGGCCCGUCCGAUAGGCUCUCAGUAAUUGCUUUCUCCUCAUCCGCCCGGCGCCUCUUUCCUCUUCUUAAGAUGACUGAUUCGGGCAGGCAAGAAGCGUUACAAGCGGUCAACUCGCUAAGUUGCAAUGGCGGAACCAACAUUGCAGAUGCCUUGGUAAAGGCUGCACAGGUCAUGACUAACCGAAGGUCAAAGAACCCAGUCAACAGUAUAAUACUGCUCUCUGACGGGCAGGACACGUACACUCUCAACAAUCCGUACGGAACAAAUACGGAAACGGGUUACAGGUCCUUACUCCCUGUCUUGAUGCGUCGUGGAUCAGGUCUUCAUAUUCCGGUCCACACGUUCGGGUUCGGGUCUGACCAUGAUGCCGUGGCCAUGCACUCUAUCUCAGAAUCUUCCGGAGGGACGUUUUCUUUCAUAGAGGCGGAAGGAGUGAUCCAAGAUGCUUUCGCUCAAUGCAUUGGCGGGCUUCUUAGCGUUGUGGUUCAGGAUCUACGGAUCGAAGUAGAAUGUGUGGACCCCACAUUGCAACUCGGAUCAAUAAAAUCUGGAAGCUACAACAACUCUUUGAAACUGGGCAAAAGAGGUGGCGUUAUAGAAGUUGGAGAUUUGUAUGCCGAAGAGGAAAGAGAUUUUGUUGUUAUGAUGGAUAUACCCACUGUUCAUGUAUCUACAAACGACCAUAUGAACCUCAUGAGUGUUAAGUGCGUGUACAAGGACCCAAUUUUAAAAAACAUGGUGAAGAUGGAUGAUGUUGCUGAUGUCACCAUCAGGCGUCCUAUCUCGGUUGAUCGGGAAGAAGUUUCCAUGGAGGUCGAUAAGCAGCGGAAUAGGCUUCGGGCAGCGGAAGCUAUGGAGGAAGCCAAAGCUGCGGCGGAUCGUGGCGAGUUGACAGCCGCGGUGGCUAUAGUAGAGCAUGCCCGGAAACAGCUUUCGGAAACUGUGUCUGCCAGAGCAGGAGAAGGACUGUGUGUCGGUUUGGAUGCUGAAUUGAGGGAAAUGCAAGAGAGGAUGGCCAAUCGCUCAACUUACGAAGCCUCAGGCCGGGCUUAUGUGUUGUCGGGAUUGAGUUCACACUCGUGGCAGAGGGCAACGGCCAGGGGGGACUCCACAGAGAGCACAAGUCUUGUGCUUGCUUACAAGACGCCUUAUAUGGUGCAAAUGAUUAACCGGUCCCAGAAUACAGCUUCGGGUAGUUCCCGACCGCCACUACGGCAAGCACGGUCCUUUCCUUCGCCUCCUCGACCACGUUGAUGCACCUGUUGGGCACAUAGUCUUGCAACACAUGAUUCUCAUUUGUUUUCUUUUCUUAAAAACUCCUCUUUCGCUAUUUUUGCUUUCUUUUAAUAUCUACAUAAGCGGAAUUUUGGAUGCAGCUGGUCAGUAGGAAAUGGUUCUUUGAUUUGGGGGGUAUAUUUUCAUGUUUUUCUUUGGGGAAGGUAAUUGGGAGGAGCCAGGGAUUUGAAAGCAUUGUACAUACAGAGAUAAAAUUCAUGCUUUUUUGUUGUCCCUUUUUUGUUUAUUGGAUGAUGAUGAUGAUGAUGGAGAUCUAAUUUUGGACUAAUAAUAGUACUUAGGGCAAAGGCGGUGUGUGGAGUAUUUAAUUUGUCGAUGUAUGAAAGUAUAUCUGUUCUUUUCACCAUUGGUUAACAUGUCAUAUGCUAGUGUCUAUUUUGUUAUAUUAUUUCUAGCCAAGUGGAUUUCCAUCAUUUGCAAUGGA